AUGGAGAUCUUGCUGGAGGCUUGGCUGGAAAUGUCCUGGGAGGCCAAGGAGGAGGUCUGCUUGGAGGUGUCCUGGGAGGAGGAGAAAAUGACGAUCUUGUUGGAAACUUGGCUGGAGGUCUCCUGGGAGGCCAAGGAGGAGGUCUGCUUGGCAUCCUUGGAGGACAAGAAGGAGGUCUACUUGGCCUGGGAGGUGAAGGUCUCCUUGGGCGUGUGCCCACUUGGUACGCUAGGAAAACUGCAUUAUACUCUCGCUGGCCUGCCACUGUUCAAUGGGCAGCACAUCGUACUGAAUCUGAAUCUCUUGCUCAUCAAUCAUGAAGGCAACUCCAUCAAGCUUCCCCCAGCCCAGCUGCCCUCUCUGCCUCUGCCUCCAGCGGUGGACGGCACCUCACAGCUGCUUAUCUCCGGCAACCUCCUCUCCUCUUUGCUCCAGAUGCUUGUGACAAGAGGAGCGUUCAAUGCAGACAUCACUGAACAAGUGAUUUCUCGGCUGGUACCGGAAGCUCUGCCCCUGGUGGUCAGGAUUAGAAUUAGUGAUGUUCCAGUGGUGUCUUUGCACAAUGGGAAGGUCACCGUGACCCUUUCCGCCACCCUUGAAGUGCUGGCUCCUGUCUCCAACUCGAUGGCACAAAGCAACGCCCUCCAAGGCGCAAUGAGAGAGCUGCCGAUUGGCAACGGAGGUGGCAAUGGUGGUGGUCCAGGCGCUGGAGGCCUGCUGGGUCAGGGAGGCCUGCUGGGUAACGGAGGUCUGCUCGGCACUGCAGGAAUUCUUGGUGGUGGUGGGGGUCUCCUUGGCAAUGGAGGCCUGCUGGGAAAUGGAGGUCUACUUGGAGGAGGAGGCAUCCUCGGCAUCCUCGGAGAAGGAGGCUUACUCAGCACGGUCCAAGGACUCACAGGGCUACGAAUUGUGGAGCUGACUCUUCCCAGGAUCAACCUGAGGCUGUUACCUGGAAUUGGGGUCCACCUGGAUCUAUAUACCAGGGUAGCACUCAAUGGUAAGAGCCUCCUUGGUUUGCUUGAUGUUGCGGUGGAGGUGAAUAUCACGGCCAUUGUCCGGCUGACCAUGGAUGGCACAAGCUACCCUAAGCUGGUGAUCGAUCACUGCGAUACACUUCUUGGGGGCAUUAAAAUCCGACUCCUUAGAGGCCUGCUUCCAAUUGUGGAUAAUUUAUUAGCACGUGUCCUAAACAAGCUUCUUCCUGAUCUGCUUUGUCCCGUCCUCGACGUUGUCCUGGGUCUUGUCAAUGAUCAGUUGGGACUUGUGAACUCACUGGUCCCACUGGGCAUAUUGGGAAGCAUCCAGUACACGGUCUCCAGCCUUCCACUCGUCUCGGGACAUUUCCUGGAAGUUGAUUUAAAUACUAUAGUUGGGCAGGUGGCUGGUCCUCUCCUUGACUACCCGCUGGGCAAGCCAGAAGUCGUCCCCUUGCCAGCACGGGUGCCCAUGCCUCCAAUGCCACCAAUGGCCGAUACAACCAACUCCCAGCUCGGACUCUCCGUGAACUUCCUCAGCUCUGUGGUUGCUGUCCUGCAGAAACAAGGUGCUCUGGACAUCGACAUUUCAGAUGGAAUGUUCCCUGAACUCCCUCCUCUGACAACGUCAACUCUCGGGGCUUUGAUUCCUGCGGUGUUCCAGAUGUUUCCAGAGCCGCGGUCUCUCCUUCUGAAGGUGUCCGUCCCGGAAGUUCCAUCAGUGAAACUGCAGAAAGACAAGGGCCUGAUCCAUCUUAUGGCUACUUCUGAAGUGCUGGCAUCCAAACCAAACGACGGCCACCAAUCACUCUGCGUCCUGAACAUUGAGUCUACUUUGUGGGCCAAAUUUUCUGUUGAAGACAACAAGCUGAAAAUUAGUGUUGAACUUGAAAAGACCCACCUCUCAUUGGCUUCUACGAACGUUGGGAAAUUUGAUGUCUCACUCAUGGAGGGAUUGGUCGGCAAGAUUUUUGAAAUUGCUUUCCUCCCAGCAAUGAAUGCUGUGUUAGGUGGGGGCGUCCCCCUCCCCAAACUGCUGAACAUAGACUUCAACAAUGCUGACAUUGAUGUCAUUGAAGAUCUGCUUGUGUUGUCUGCAUGA